CUAAGUUAGCGCAAUUAGCACGGUUUUGCUAAGCUCGGUAGGGAGUCGGUGGUAAGAUGGCUAACUUGCUAACAAUCUGUUCUGAAUUAUUGGUAAAUUACCUGGUUGGCAUGACAUGUUUUGGUCGAACUAGUUAUCUAAAGGAAAAUCACCCAUUUGUUUGUAUUUUUGUCAUGCAAACUGUAACUGGCUAUGAAUCCUAGUCUAGCUCACUUAGCUACAUAACGUUAGCUAGUUGCUGUCCAGCACCGAAGAGUUUUACCAACACUAGCUAGCAAGCUAACUGUACAGUUAACGUUACCCGAAACGUAUAGCUAGCUAGUAUAGCUAGCUGAUUAGUGCGUUAGUUAGCCUGAUAAGUUCUGGCUUAAAGGGGGGAAACCCGGUAACUUGCAAACUCGCAUAGAAUCAAACAUUUUUAUUCAUACUAAACUAUCAUAGCUAGAAAAUCGGUUGUACUGGUAACAUUAGCUAUCUGGCUAAUUUAGCUAGUUCUAGCACUAGUAUUUAAACGUAUAGGUUAGCCAGUAGGAAGGCUAACGAAAUUGUUGACGUUCUACCACGUAAUGUGACCAUAACGUUAAAUAAUUCGGCUGUAAAGGCUACAUCUGGUCUCUUUAAUGUCCUUUAUUGUAUUGACUUGUUUACAAGAACAUGUUUGGCCUUGAUAACUGCAUAGAUAACUAUAGCUAGCUACCAACCAAACUAAUAUUGCAUGAAAUCUGACGCGGUGUUCUGCUAGUUGCACUGCAGAGCAAUCUACCUUGCGAUAGCUAACUAACAUGGCGAUAGCUUGUUAGCUAGCUCGUGCUAGUUGCCUAAUUUGUUUUUGUUGACUAGCCAGAGAGCGGUAAUGUGUACAAUAAUUUCGAAGAAAUUAUGUAAAAUGGCCAGUCGUCUCCACAACUUUUUGUAUGUCUAUAACGGCCUUAUUUCGGUGCAGCCAAAUAGCUAGCUAGCUAGCUAUAACGAAUGCAUUGCCUAGCAAUAACGUCACGUCCAGCUAGGCUAGCUAAAUGUUGAAUAAUAGUUCGCUGUCGUUAUUUGUGCGUAAAAUGUGACAUGAUUAGCUUCAUAUGGUUUUAGCACUGGGUUGUUUCUAUUAAGAAACAAAUAAUUAAGGCAAAAAGGCUAUGUUCGGUAUAAUCCCAAGUAGUUAACUGUUCGCUAGCUACCAUGUUAGUGUGGAAUGUGUCGUCUCGAAUUGUGGGUCCUAGCGUGGGUAGGUACCAGCUGAAAACAUUAUCCAGUUAGCUAGUUUGAUACUUUAGCAAUAUUACUUGAAUGUUAAAACUAAAUAUUAACGUUAGCAUGACAAUCUUUUCCUGAUGCGUAUUUCAAGUUCUCUAUGAGACUUGCAAUCAAAGGUGGCAACAUUUUUUUAAACAUACAUGGGAAUAAUGCUGACUGUCCAGGCAGACACAGUAUGUGAGGGGUAAACACGGCUCUAAAUAGAUCUGAGGCCAGGAAAGAUGGCGGUUUCAAGCAAAACUGGAGCUUUUCUCAUUGUGAUGGCAGUGAAGAGAAGAAGACUGACUCUUCCCUGGUGACCAUGAGCGAGGCAGGUGAGCAGAGGGACCCUACACCAGAGGGAAAGAAGUCCCCUCCCUUGAAACCAUUUUGCACAAGCGACAGUCUGAAAACAUAUGAACGAAGGCCAAAUCAAUUAAGGAUGUAUAAAGGGAGUGGCGGUGGGCUGAACAGGCUGGGAGUCGGCAAGGCCAUAAGUGAAACCCAACCUGCUGUGACGUCGCCGGGACCCAACAGAGCUAACUAUUUUAUCCUCAGUCCUGCUCCCUCACCCGGCGUGCUGGUUCAGGGCCGGCUCUUCCAGCACGCCAACGCCCCCGCUGUCAUACGAAAGGCCUCCCAGAGCAACCACGACUUGAAGGAGAGGAAGGACUUCACAACCCAGCCGAUCCAAAGAGUAGAUAUAGACAGCAUCAUCCUCACCUGUCCAGAAGUCCCAGCUGCCAGCAGCCUGGUUCUUGGAGGCGACAUCAAACGGCGAAUCCAGAGCAAGCGGAGUACGCCACUGGAAGCAUCCGGAAGCUUUGUGUCGCCGGCCAAGAAAGUGGAGGCCCUGGAUCCGCAGGACUACUUCACGGUGUGCGGGAAGUGCAGCAAACAAAGCGAGAACCACGUGAAGUGUCAGAACUGCGGCAACGCCCUGGUCCCGGACUCCCCUGCCCGGGCGGAACCGGCCUCCCCGCUGGCCCGGCCGCCCGCCCGCCCCCAGGCCGCCGUGGGACCCAACAACCUGCUCGCCAAGAGCUUCUACGGCCCGGCAUCGGUGCGCUCCCAGCGGGUGGACGUGGUGAUGAGCCCCCCGGUGCGGAUCACCCGGGGGAGCCUGGUGCUGCCGCGCAACGGGAGGGCCGUCGGCUACAGCCCCUACGCCGCCAAGGGCCCCAAAGGCAGCAAGAGGCAGCCGGCCGCCAAGCAGAACGAGCUCAACGACCCAAUCGUGCUCUCCAGCGACGACGACGAGGAAGAGGAGGAGGACAUGGACAACGGCAGCACGGGCAGCGUCAGCCGAAUGGACAGCAUCUCCCCACGGCCCGCAGACUCCGCACACUCCUCACCAGCGCCCUCUGGAGGCAGGGUGGAGGCAGCGGUGAAAGGCAGGUCGGAGCAGGAGGAGAUAACGGACACCUACAUCACGGACAGCAUCUCGAAGCUUCCGGCACCGCGGAAGCACCGUAUGAAAGACCAAUUUGGAAACAUGGUACCAGAUGAAACCAACCACAGCCCCACCCUGACGAAACGGCGGAAAGUCAGCUUGUCGUACAGGCUGGACAGCAUCAUCCUGGACUGCAGGAGCGUACGGGUGGGAACUCUACGCAGGAUGGUCACCAAGCCUGUCAUUUUCACAGUAGAGUACAUUCAGAUUGAAACUGCAGCCCCUGACCAGGACGGUCCAGAGAAGGUGAAGCUGAGGGCUUCGGAGCUGACCAGCUGCGAGUGGUGCAGCACCCGAAAGCUGCCCUCCAUCUUCCUCCAGACCACCCCAGCCGAGGGCCAGCGCCUCCGCUCCCAGCUCAAGAUGUCGCAGGACGAGGGCGGGGUGUGGUAUGACUGCAACAGCACAAGCACGGAAGAGAAGUACAUCGUCCUGAUCUUCGAGACGGGGCUGUCGAUGCACGAGCAGGUGAUCCUGGAGGACAUCCUCCAGGAAAUCAGCAGGGCGAACAACCUGAGCGAUUUCCCAGCCAAGCUGACGUUUGAGGAGGCCAACGUCAGGCUUGUGCAGUACAACCGGUUGAAAGGAAAGACUUCUGAUUCGGCCAUCCAGAGGAGGAUGUCCACUCGCCUCCGGGACUUCUUCGAUGAAGACGAGGAUGAGGACGACAUGGCCGAGCUUCACCCCACCUUCGCCGGACCAGUCGUGAAGUUGAUAGUUUAUCCUCCUCCGCCAGCCAAAGGGGGCAUAUCCGUCACCAACGAAGACCUCCACUGCCUCAACAACGGGGAGUUCCUGAACGAUGUUAUCAUCGACUUUUACUUGAAGUAUUUGUUUAUGGAGAAGUUAAAAAAAGAAGACGCACACAGGAGUCACGUCUUCAGUUCUUUCUUUUACAAGAGACUCAACCAGAGAGAGAGGAGAAAUGUACCGGACACAGCUAAUCUACCGAUACAGAAGAGGAAGCACAACAGAGUAAAAACAUGGACCCGCCACGUCGACCUCUUUCAGAAGGAUUUCAUUUUCGUCCCCAUUAACGAGUCGGCUCACUGGUACUUGGCUGUGAUCUGCUUCCCGGGUCUGGAGGGUGCGCGUUUCGAGCCCGGCCCUCUGCCCCAGGCCCCACCCCAGGCCCCGGCGGACGGCUCCGCGGGGGAGGAGCCAGCGGCCCAGGGGGAGGAGCAGCAGCAGGCCUCGGCCAACGAGGAGCCGGAGGGCCGUUCGGAGACCACGCCCACGCCGGGCAGCGCUGACGCCUCCUCGGAGAGCGACUCCAAUAGCGAGCAGGCCAGGGGCGGGGCCUCGUCCAACGACGGAGCCCCGGAGGGCAAGGAUGCUCCCGGCGACGGGCAGAACGGCCAAGCCGACGCUCAGCCACACUACACAGAUGGCUUGCACCGAAUCAGUGUAUGCUAUGGAUCAAAGGACGGUGCUGAAGAUACGUGCACCUUUUCAGAUGACCAAAGUUCCAGUCAGGACGAGUGCAGCGAGGAUGGAGCAAUGUCUGAUGACACAAUCAACUAUGCAGAGAAUGCAGAGUGGACCUCCAGACCCACCGUCUGUAAACAGCCUUGUAUUCUGAUCAUGGACUCAUUACGGGGCCCUACCAGGUCAACAGUGGUGAAGACUUUAAGAGAGUACCUGGAGGUGGAGUGGGAGGUGAGGAAAGGGACCCAGAGGAGUUUUGGGAAGGAGGUGAUGAGGGGGUCCAGCCCGCGCGUGCCCCAGCAGGACAACUUCAGCGACUGCGGCGUGUACAUCCUGCAGUACGUGGAGAGCUUCUUCGAGAGUCCACUCCCAAGUUUCCAUCUGCCCAUGAACUUAACAGACUGGUUCCCACAGCAACGGAUGAAGAAGAAACGCGAAGAGAUUAAAGAUCUCAUUCUGGCUAUCCAGAGCCAGCAACAAAUGGACAAGAAGGGUCCAACCCAGGGUCAAGGGUCAGCCCCGCCCACCGACCCCAAGGAGGGGUCCGCCCCCGGGCCUGACGCACAGGACACCGCCGUGAGCUCCUGAGACCCGGACGACGGAAUUUUGGUCUAGAUGGGAGGCGGUCCGGCCCUCCAGGGGCCUGGUUCAGUCCGGUUCGGCCCAGAUCAGCCCGGGCCUUGGGCUCUGUGGGACUGCUUGUGAUUGUACGCUGCUGGAAGAAUUCCGCUCAUUAUUUCCUUUCACUGUUCUAGUCCCUCGGUUAUCAAGCAGAGAACAUUUUAAAUAAAAAUCUGUACAUAUGUCGUACAUAAGUUUGUGCUGCUUUUGUAAUUAGUUUUUUGGUUUUUUUUUCUUUCUCGUUUCUCCCCCCCAUUCACUUGUUAGUACAGUAAUAGAACUUGCAUUAAAGUAUUAUCACAUUAUUUUGAGAAAGAUUUGUGCAUUGCAUACUGGUUAAUAUUCAUGCCUCACUUUUUUUAUGCUAUUUGAGUAUGUAGGAAAUUAUUUGUAUACUAUAAACACCAAAUUGGGAAAAUAUAUUGUUUGUUUUUUUUUUGUUUGUUUGUUUUUUUUGUUUUUUUUAAUUCAAGAUCAUUUCUUGAAAGAAAGUUACUAGUUAGUGCCUGUUAAAAGCUUUCCAAUAAGUGAAAGCAAGCCUUCGGGGUAACUUAAGUAUUAAAAAAAAAAAAAGAGAAAUGGAGGAGAGCUGAACUUGCCUUUAUAAAAUGUAAAACAAAUGUUUCAGUGUCUCAUCCUCAUUCUAUCAUGGUUUUACUAGAAGCGGGCUCACCAGGGUACAUCUACACUUGUUUUGUGUGUUUCCACAAAACGGAACCUUUAAUACUAAUUUGUCAGGUCCUCUUAUGAAUUAUAUCCGUGACAGUUCAGAAGUUCUGUUCUGAUUCCGUGUGUCCCAACAGAGUGUACUUGCCAAUUUGUCUAAGAACUUGAGAUGAGGAGGCAUAGUGUUUGAUGUUGCAGUGUGAAUAAAGGUGCAACCCGUAUCAAAA